UCGUCGGCCUGCACCGCGCUAGAUUUUAGGUUAACAAAGGUUACCAUGGAGACCUGUCACAUCCUUUGUUUUGGCCUAUAAAGUGAAACAGCCGCUACGUGGAGCCUUUUAAGGAAAACGCCAUGUUAUUAAUCUAUAAACAGCGACUACACAGGACUAUUCACGCAGGAUGAAAGCUGUCAUCUUUCUAGCGUGAAGUUACGUAGAGAACGUAGCUGUGGGCGGAUCUGUGGCAGCCAGUACUGAGUGAUCUCGGUCGGCGUUAGCCAGAAAGGCUAGCAAUGACGGAUAGGAUUAUUCCUGCCGGGGUCUGGAUUGUGAGCCAGCAGACAUGAUUUUAUGGAGACCACCCUACAAGACCUGAGCUGAUUUGUCAGCCUUGUGUAGGUUUGGUUUUCACCCCUGAGUGUCCUCUGGAUAUCAGCUGACCAUGGUGGUCUGAGCUUUAAGCCUGGCACAGUGUGUUCACUCUAACACAGCAAGGCUGAACAAGAGGGGAGCAGCGACAGACCAGAGCAAAGAGGAAACACAUUUAAAGAAGAAAUGUCACAAAACAGAGAACUGGUGGUUUUCUACAUAAACUAUAAACUCUCUCAGAGAAACUAUCCUCUCAACCACAUGGGACUCAUAGAGUCACCAAACAGGACUGAUGGAGGGGCGGCAGAGUCGGGUGAGGAACAACGGGUAGCGACGCACGCCAACGGGACUUUUAAUGGCAUGAGUCCUGGCACACCCCCAGCAUCCCCUCUUCGGCAGCAACAAUUGCCGUCAACAGUGAGUCUGGACGCGGUGAAAGAAGCCCUACGGGACUCUGCCAACGAGUUUGAGCUGCGGUAUGCGCGCGCCUUCAGCGACCUGCACAACCAGCUGCACAUCACACCGGCCACAGCCUACCAAAGCUUCGAAAACGUGAUGGACGAGGUGUUUCGGGACGGAGUCAACUGGGGUCGUGUAGUAGGGCUUUUUGCUUUUGGUGGGGCGCUGUGCGUCGAGUGCAUGGAGAAGGAGAUGAGUCCGCUGGUGGGCAGGAUCAUAGAGUGGAUGACGGUCUACCUGGACAACCACAUUCAGCCCUGGAUCCAGAGCCAAGGAGGAUGGGAGCGCUUUGCCGAAAUCUUCGGGCAGGACGCGGCAGCAGAGAGCAGGAGGUCUCAGGAGAGUUUCAAGAAGUGGCUGCUGGCGGGGAUGACCCUGGUGACCGGGGUCGUGGUGGGCUCACUCAUCGCCCAGAAACGCCUGUGAAGGGAGAGCCACGACAACAUUCCCAACACUCUUCCCCGACCUGCCUCCUUCAUUCCCCUCUACCUACACAAUAAGGAAGUUAAAAUGAAGGUCCUGUUUGUCUCGUCAGAACUGCUGAUGAUGUUUACUCUUAUUUUUUUUUUCCCUCACACAUCUCAUGGUGGACUCAGAACCCACACUUUUGAGAAAAAGAAAGAGAAGAAUCACUCUCAUUCACCUGUUCACCUUCUUCCCUGAUGAAAAAUCUGUGGUUAUACAGGGACAGACAUGUUAUUCUUUCAUCCACUGAACCAGUUGUUCCUUUUAAUCCUUUCUCCACCAGUUCCUGUAUAAUUUUUCUGUCUUCAUGUUUGUAUGUACUAGUUUUAACAAAUUUUAAUUUCUCAUUUUUGCUCUCAAAAGAGGCUGAAACUGAUUCCACACUUCAGUUAAUCCGAACCUGUCUGAUAUUAAAAAGUCUGUGUUGUGGGGCCUGAGCUGCUCUACAUGUCUUGUCUUGAAGCUUUGUUUGGUUGCUUGUCCCCACAGACAGCUCUACAAUAGCUUUGUAUGUGCCAUAUGGAGAGUGAAAGCAGGGGAGGAUGUAGCACCUGCCCCUGAAGAGCUUCAGUAGUUAGUCCUGCCAGCAAUCCUGAUCGCCACCACAUAUAAUAUAACAUCAUAAUCCAUGGCUACAUACGCGGAUUGAUUUUCCUUCAUGCUCAUUGGUUUUUCUUUGAAUGGUAAACAGAUUUAAUAAAUAAAUCAUGGGACUCUUAAACUGAAAGAGCUAAUGGGAAAGUAACUCCUGCCUGUUUAUGUUUGUUGGUUUUGGAUUUUUGAACCAUUAAAGCUGCACUGCUCCCGCUUGUCUGUGCUUCAUGGUCAUACUUGGCCUUGGUUUUAUCCUGUUUGUGUUUAGUCAGCCUGCUGAGUGCCAGACCACUGUGUGUGGUAAGUUCUCAGAAUCGGUGUAACUGCAGUUCAUUCAAGCAGGGCACCAUGGCUCCAUGUUUACUACACAGUAGCUGAAGAAUGCAGCAAACACUGUAGCAACACAGAACAGAUAGAGCAGGGACACUCAGCAUCUAAACAUGUCUGACAGGUUGGAUAUUUUGAUGUAAAGGUUUCAUUUCGCUAACACUUUAUUUCAGCCUCCCCUGUGUAGAAUAUUUAAGCAGUAUAUACAUAGUUAAAAAUGGUUUAUAACACACUGUAAAAUAGUUGUGAACAGGUGUAAGGAUGUUUCUAAGGGUUUAUAAGAUACAGCCAGCAUUUUAGUUUAAGAAAUGAACUAAAUAUCAGCGGAAUGUGAAGACACAGUGCUGACGUGUCAAAGAUGUCCAUUAUUUUCCUGAGAUGUCUACUGAAGUUAGCAUGCUGACCAGCUAAGCCCAAUCAAUACUGUCUUGUAAUCCCUUUUUCAGAGAGGCAAGUUUCAGCUGGUUAAUAUAGGCCAGUGGCAAGUUUGCUACGUUUCACAAGCUCUCUGAGCCUUGAGUGUGAGAAAGAAUGAGAAUGACUUACAAAAUGUCAAGAAAGGAAACACUCUUACAUCUGUUUUCCUUGCCAAAUAGUAAAAUACAUCUGUACACUGUCAAAAUUAAAAUUUCUGUCUUUUAAUGAACUAAGAGGAGUAAUUGCCUCAUUGACAUACUGUAAAACACAACAAUGAACAAAAUAAAACUCGCCAAAACAAUCUUGGUUUGUCUUGCUACAAUCAACUGAUGAUGGUGUCGAUUACCCCCAAAGUAAUAGUCCUCAUCAGAGCUGAUGUAAAUCGCCUCCGUCGGUCUAAGAGGCUGUGCUCUGUCCCAGAUCAGUGUCCAGCCAUGUUCACUCUCAGGCUGCCCAAUCCAGUUGAGCUAAGCACUGUUGAAACAAUAUAUUUAUAAGUGAUAUUCUUGAGUCAGUUCAAAACUACAUUACAGUGUGAUAUAAGCUUUUGAUAUCUGUUUUUAGAGCUGCAAAUGAUGAGUCAAUUCAGUGAAGGGAACUAUUUUGAAACACUAGUGAUUCCAAGAAUGCGCUGCUUUUCUCCCAUGGCAUGCAAUAUUAUUUGAUUUAAAUGACACCUUUGAGUUUUGGAUUGUUGGUCUGACAAAACAAGACACUUGAAGACUUUGCUCUAAAAAGUGGGAAAUGUUGAUACAUUUUAUCUACUUCAUUGAGUAAUGAGAUGUUGAAUGAUAUUACAAUUACAUGCACCUCUUAUUUUGCAGCCAUAGUUGUUUGCUAAUCAAUAGGGGUGGUUGAAAUAAGUUGUCGAAGUCAUUACCAUCAUAAUUUUGCAAUAAAAUCCUGAUCACCUGCCGCUGUUCUCAAGAAGAUUACAUCAUUCCACCUUUUUGUGUGCUAAUUCAGUAAUCAUUCCUUACUUCUGAACCUUUAGUAUGAUACCGUUUUGCAACAACACAGUAAAGCUUGAUGUUACACCAGAGUGAACAUCAUAGCCUUUAGAAGAUUUGUGUAGCAAACUGAUAAAGCAGCUGUCCAAUGCAGUUCUGCAACAGAUGUCGUUUGAGUUAGUUUAGAAAUGUAUCACGAUGUGUCUCUUCACCAUCUAAAGCGAAUCAGCAGCUGUCGGCGUUCAUAGGACCAUAAAACCAGAAACCCAAACCUUCAUAUCCCAUCACACACUCCCUCACUCCAAGUUAUCCAUGCAUUGCUUUCACAGUCCUAACAGCCCUCCUCCUCUGUCCUCCCCAGACACCUCGAAUCUGUCAAAUCUCCAUCCGUCUCUCCUCCUCUCUCCCUUUCCAUCAAGCUGCACCUCUUCCUCUGUGGUCCCCUGGCUGUCACUGCGUCUAGUCACGUGUGUCAGUCACAGCUGGCCCACCUGCUGCACGACGCAAACACACCUCGGCACGCGCACACAUUUGUAACUUACACACCUGCCACUUAGAUGUAGUCUGUGAGAGAUGGGUGGAGGAAGACCUUGUCUUUGUUUCUCAACAUCUUUCCAUCUUUAAUGCAAAGCUGGAGUCUGAGGAGUGUUUGUCGCCUGGUGUUUCACGCACCAACAACUGGCAGCUCUAUAAUUUACUGGGACGGGAGGGAAAGUGGGGUGUACUCCUCCCUGUUCCCACUGCUUUAAUCUUGAUCGCAUUCUGAAUACUGCUGAAAGCAAACAACACCAUGUCCUGGCUUCUAUUCGUGUGUGUUAUAGCAGCUCAGUAAAGCACAAUACAGGUGUGGUGCAGGACAGACAGGUGCCAUUUUCUGCUGUUUUCUCAUCAAAGAACUAGAUUCACCAUAGAAACCAGGCAGUAAAGCAGUGUAAAAUAAAACAUCCAUCACCACAUUGUCAGUGUGAGUGUCCAGCGAUCGGCAGCACCUCCAUCUUGACAGCAGGACUCGUGUCUCUUCAUCAGUGUUGACCUCUUCUCCUUCUCAUCACAUAAUCAUGUGCUUUUGCGAACAUUUCUGCACAUGGCUGUCUGUCUCUAAAGACCUGAUCCACGCAACACACAUUUCACCAGAUAAAAUCACUGACUAUUGAUGAGCAUCAUCCUCCAAAUGCUUGUGUCCUGAGCAUGCUAUUAGCCAAGGUCUGCUCUCAUACAUUCCAGUACAGUAUAAAUAUAUUUUUCUAGUGUACGCCCCGACAAGAAGCUGCUCGCAGGCUUUUCUCUGCUGUCCUGGCCCUCAACUGAAACAAGUUCCCUUUCUACGUGUGUGUGCGUGUGUGUGCGUGUGUGUGUGUGUGUGUGUGUGUGUGUGUGUGUGUGUGUGUGUGUGUGUGUGUGUGCAUUUCUGUGUGACAAAAUGUUAUUGAAGGAGGCACAAAUGAAGAAAGUGUGACAGCAGCAUUGGCACGAUCCUAUAUAUAUAUGCUAGUUAUUUAAACUGAUUAGAAUAGUACGUUAGCUUAGUAACAUAUUUAAGAAAAACUGAACUGAUGGCUUUUAAACAUUAUUUAUAUUUGGUGUAAAAAGCAUAAUUGUGCCCCUUCAAAUAGCCUUAACUUCCAUCUCUACAUUGAUGUGAAUUGUCAUUCCUUGUGUUUUUUUGGGGGGAUUAUUGGACUGCCACGUCACACAAAAAAUGCAAAGUGAGAGGAUAUUUUGAAAAAGUUAGUGCUCUGAUGCAUCAUGUUGGCCAGAAAGAAUAGAGAGGUAAAGAUCGCAACCAUGUCCAAUGGUCUGUAUGUGUCUUAGAAUGCCAUUGUAAAAUUAUAAAUUACAUUAAACCUAAUAAAGCCCAUGUUGAAAGAU